UUAAUAAUGGUGAUUCAUCGAGUUUCUCGAAUUUUCGCUGCAUCGUCUCGUUUAUCAACAAGAUCUUCGAAUAUUUCUUAUCAGUUAAUGCUGGAAAAAGGUUUUAUCCAUCCAUCAAACAAAGGAUUGUAUUCAGUUCUUCCAAUUGGUGAUUGUUUCAUUUUUAAUAAUUAUAAUUGUAAAUCGAGUACUAUAGAAAUUUCAUCAGUAAUAUUUAAUGAUAAUAAUAAGAGGGUUAUUGAAAAACUUGUGCAGUUAAUCGAAAAUGAACUGAAUUCAAUUGGAUGCCAAAAAAUGUGUUUAUCGAUAUUGGGUUCAAAACAAUUAUGGCUGAAAGCUGGUCGUUGGGAUCGUAUGUCAUCUGAGAUUUUUCAUUUACAGGAUCGACAAGGGAAAUAUUUCUGCUUGCAGCCGACUGCCGAAGAAAUGUUUGCGCAAAUUGUGGCACAACGAGGAAAUAUUCCCUUGUCGAAUUUUCCGCUAAUGAUUUAUCAAACUGGAUUGAAAUUUCGUGAUGAAAUGAGUCCAAAGUUUGGAUUUCUACGAAGUCGCGAAUUUAUCAUGAAUGAUCUCUAUUCUUUUCAUCUUUGUGAUGAAGAUGCAAAAGUAAUUUAUCAGUGUGUAUCUGAGGUUUAUCAUCGAAUUUUACGAGACCUAUUAAAAUUUCGCCUCUACGUCGUUAAGGCAGAUUCUGGAAAUAUUGGUGGGAAUAUAUCACAUGAAUAUCAUGUUCCUAGUGAAACGGGCGAAGAUCGUAUAGUUUGCUGUGAUCAGUGUGGCGCAGGUGUGAGUUGGGAGUAUUAUCAAAAAGGAGAGAAGCCAUGUGAAACUUGUACAGGUGCUAUCUCUAUAAUACCAUCGAUUGAAGUGGGACAUACAUUUCAGCUUGGUGAUAUUUUUACGAAGGCUUUAAAUACUACAAUGAAUAGGAAUUAUUUGUUGAUGAAUUGCUACGGCUUAGGAAUAGGCAGAAUAGUUGCUGCUGCUAUCGAUUCACUUUCAAUGGCCAGUUCAGUACGUUUGCCUGAAAAAAUUACGCCUUAUAAAAUAGGUGUAAUUGGACCUAUGGAUUCCUCGAUGUGUUGUGAUGAAAUGCAUUUGUUCACAGAAUGCCUUCUUGAGCAGUUAGAUUCGAUUCCUCAACUUGCUAAUGAAGUUUUGUUCGAUGAUAGAAUUUAUAAAUCAUACGGAAGCCGGUUACAGUUCGCUUCAAGCUUAGGUAUACCUUAUGUUGUUCUUAUCGGUAAUGCUUCUGCAAGGAAAUUUUCCGAAAGGCCUGUUGUCGAAUUUUUUAAAAUGGAUUCAAGUAAAACCGAGCCUGUUGCCCUAGGGCUGUUAACUCAUUCGGAAUUAUUUUAUCAGCUUAUGCAGAGUGUUUUCAUUAGAAAGUUGAAUAUUUUCGAAAAGUACGAUCAUUUAUCAAAGUUCCAAGUUUUGUUAUCAGUGGUUAAUAAUUUAACAGAUAGCUGUGUUCGACAAAUGGAACAACAAAUAUUUUUUCCUCCUGAGGCUGUUCGAGGUAUCCGACAACUUACUGAUAAGGAGCGCGAGUUAUUUAGGAAAGAAUUCGAUUUGCCCGCUGUUCGUAUUCCACAAAACUAUGUGAAAGAUAUUAGGCAGUUUUCUCGUUUCUUUCACUUGACAAUCGAUAGAAUUUCUUCAAAAAUUAAGAAUAUAAUUUGUGAUCCACAAUCUUUUGACAAAUUUCUGCUUUUCCAUCCGUGUCGAUUUGACGAUGUUCAAAAGCAGUGGGUUAUCGAAGAACUUUACGAUUUGUUCAAGGAGAAAUUUUCGAUAGAAAAUUUUCAUUUAAUUGUCAACUAUGAAGAUUGGCAUCCAAAACAUUGCAUAAAAGCCGUUUUGCCUAAAGAAUUAGAGUUUAGUGGUUUCUCUCAUAUUGGGCACAUUAUUCAUGUAAAUUUGCGCGAAAAUUUAUUGCCAUAUAAGAAUGUUAUUGGUCAAAUAUUAUUGGAUAAAAUUGCUUCUUGCAGAACAGUCGUCAAUAAAUUGAAUAUUAUCGAAAAUGAAUAUCGUUGUUUUGAACCUGAUUUACUUGCUGGCGAAGCAAAUUAUGAAACAGUAGUCAAAGAAAAUAAAAUCACCUACAAGUUGGAUUUCAGCAAGGUUUUUUGGAAUAGUAGGCUUUCCACUGAGCAUACUCGCUUGGUUGAUAAGUUAGACAAUACUUGCGUAGUUUAUGAUUGUUGCGCUGGCAUUGGUCCUUUCGUGAUUCCUGCUGUUAAAAAAGGAGUACAGAGAGUUCUUGCUAAUGAUCUAAAUCCUAUUUGCACAAAAUACCUUGCUGAAAAUUUAUCCUUGAACAAUGUUCGUAUUAUCAAUUGCAAUUUUAUAAUUUUUUUUUUUAGUAUAUCCAAUCUGUUCCAUCUUUUUUAUUUUUUUCACUUUUUAAAAGAAAUAGUUGCUAGUGACAUAGUUAAUUUGAUAGAAAUGCUUUAUAGCAGUAAUGAUCCGACAAAAUCAUCUUUAGAGGAAGUUUUUUCGCCAACUUUUGUUAUUUAUUUUCAUUGUUAUAUAUUUGUGAAGUCAAAUACGGAUGUCGACGAGGAAUGGUAUAUAGAAGAAGCGAAGAAGCUUAUAACAAAAAAUUUAAGGGAAUCGAAUAUCGUUGAAAUUCAUAAUGUUAGUAAAGUUGCUGGACGUAAAAUGUUAUAUUGCAUAUCGCUUCAAUUACUUAGUGAAUUGUUGUUUUCAUCAAGUACGCAAUCCACCGAUGCAAUAUCAAAUACAUCCGAACAAAUUCUUUCUUCAUCUAAGAGAAAAUGUACUGAUGGCGAAGUAACCGCCUUAAAUCAGUUGGAGCCUUUGGACAAGAAAGCAAAAGCCGUUUGA